AUGGAGGGAGUAUCCGAUAAUGUUCAUGGAGUUAUAUUAGCUAUAUCAUCCAGUAUUUUUAUUGGGUCUAGCUUUGUUAUUAAAAAGCAAGGUCUAAAGAAGGCUGGUGCAAAUGGAAAACGAGCAGGUUCAGGAGGUCAUUCCUACUUGUUGGAACCUUGUUGGUGGGCUGGAAUGUUAUCUAUGAUUAUUGGAGAGGGAGCUAACUUUGCUGCUUAUGCAUAUGCCCCGGCAGUACUUGUGACACCCUUAGGGGCUUUAAGUAUGAUUGUCAGUGCAGUGUUAGCCCAUUUUAUUUUGAAAGAGAGGUUGCAUAUCUUUGGUAUAGUUGGUUGUCUCCUCUGCUUGGUUGGAUCUGUCACUAUUGUCUUACAUGCCCCAUUAGAGAGGAGUAUUCAAUCUGUCAAGGAUGUCUGGUACCUAGCAACAGAGCCAGGGUUCCUUGCCUACACUUUCACAGUUCUGGUGUUGAUACUUAUCCUUAUUGUCCGAUAUGUGCCUCGCUUUGGGCAGUCUCAUUUGGUUGUCUACAUAGGGAUCUGCUCUCUUGCGGGUUCUCUCACGGUUAUGGGUGUCAAAGCAAUUGGAAUUGGUAUAAAGCUCACAAUUGGAGGACAAAAUCAAUUCAAGUAUUUUGAGACAUGGGUUUUUAUAGUGCUUGUCCUCAUCUUUUGCCUUUUGCAGCUGAACUAUUUGAACAAGGCACUUGACACAUUUAAUACCGCUGUGGUUUCCCCGAUAUACUACGUCAUGUUUACAACACUGACCAUUGUUGCAAGCAUGAUAAUGUUUAAGGACUAUGUUCAUCAGAAUACGACACAGAUAAUUACAGAGUUAUGUGGUUUUGUAACUAUCCUCUGUGGUACUUUUCUCCUUCACAAAACAAAGGACAUGGGAAGCAAUCCAUCAAUACCAUUACCUGUUAUCAUUCCAACAACAGAUACGGAUUGUAAGCAAAAAAGUGAAACCGCAAAAGUUACAGUUGAGGUUUGAAGAAAAAUUCUGUAAGGUUUUGAUCAGUAAUUGCAUCAUCACAAGAGCACAGGGCAGAAGGAGACACUCAUAAUGAAGGAAGAUAGAAGUAUUUCUUAUUGGAUAAAACAGAAGGCGAAAAAGAGGUGAUGGUUUUUGACAGGUUGAAGCCAAUGCUAUACUAGAAGGACAUUCGAUAUCAUUAUUUUUGUUAUUUGACUUUCUAAGGUUUUACAGUGU